AUGGCUGCUGUGCGGAAUGUACACGUUACCGUCACCCUGACAGGAACGACGGACCCAGAUAUGACAUCUAGUGAACCCCACAAGGGAACCGCUAGCCCCAAGUCUGGCUACGGCUCAUCUGGCCGCUCUCACCGCCGAGACUCCGCCUCGUCAAAGAUCAACGGCUGUCCCCCUGUAGACGAGGUCGAAGAAACUGUACCACCAUCUACAUCAGGCUCACCUCCGAGAAGCAACAAGUCAUCUAAGUCAUCUGCCUCCAUUAACAGCUCCAAACGGCAUAAAGCAUCCUCGGGAAAGUCAAGCAAGAAGAGCCGAAAGUCUGUAAGGGCAAAAAAGUCUGAUGCGGAUGAGUGA